AUUUCCUUAGGUGCUAAGAUUUCCAUACCAUAUAAGGAUGUCAUCAUGCCUCAUCUUCUUCACAACUACUAAAUUUGCAAAGCACAACAUUUUCCUUUGAGCUGCAAAACUUUCCUAAUUAUUAUACUAUAAUUAUAUAUUCACUAGUCUUAUUUGAUCAUCUUCAUUUGGGACUCCAUUUAGAAGCAUUAUUUUAUAUAUAUAUCUAAGAAAUUUCAGCAACCAGCAUCGAAAAUGCAGUCUCUUUCACUCAAACUUGAGCAACAGUUUGUCCAAGAAUCCGAAAGAGUAAAAUCAGUGGAUUUACAUCCAACUGAGCCAUGGAUUCUGGCAAGUUUAUACUCAGGAACCGUCUGUAUCUGGAACCACCAAACAAAGAAAAUGGAAAAGUCUUUCAAGCUCACCGACUCACCAGUUAGAUCAGCAAAGUUCAUAGAAAGCAAACAUUGGAUUGUUGCUGGAGCUGAUGACAAAUUUAUAAGGGUGUAUAACUAUGAUACGAUGGAAAAGAUCGUCGAAUUUGAAGCACACGACGAUUAUAUUAGAUCUGUGGCUGUCCAUCCCACUCUUCCAUAUCUACUAUCAGCAUCCGAUGACAAGGUUGUAAAGCUUUGGGAUUGGGAAAAAGGUUGGAUAUGCAGCCAGAUCUUUGAGGGGCAUUCCCAUUAUGUGAUGCAAGUUGCAUUCAAUCCAAAAGAAACAAGUACUUUUGCUACUGCUUCGCUUGAUGGCACUAUUAAGAUAUGGAACAUUGGAUCCCCUGUCCCAAGUUUUACAUUGGAAGGUCACUCGAAGGGAGUUAACUGCGUUGGUUACUUUGUUUGUGGUGAUAAAACCUCAUUAUUAAGUGGUUCUGAUGACUAUACUGCUAAGGUAUGGGACUAUCAAACAAAAAGCUGUGUGCAAACACUAGAAGGACAUGUGAACAAUGUUACAGCAGUUUGUGUUCAUCCAGAGCUCCCCAUAAUAAUUACAGCUUCUGAAGACGAAACUAUUCGCAUAUGGCAUGCCGCCACAUAUAGGCUAGAGAACACAUUGAACUACAAUCUUGAAAGAGUUUGGGGUAUCGGAUACACAAAAGGAUCACACCAGGUGGUGUUUGGUUGUGACAAAGGAACCAUUAUGGUCAAAAUCAAUUACUCUUGAAGCUCGAUUCUGUAAACCAAGUUAUGGAUGAAGAAAUUAAGGAAUAAAUUUGGCAACUGCUGCAGUAUUGCUAUCUUCUGAUGAGAUUUAUAUGUUGAAAAGCUGAGGUGGAAGACCAGAAGGAGCAAUCUUUACCUAAUUACUACUACUCUUGUUGUUGAUCCUCCUGUUACUUUUGUGCGAUAUCAAAUAAGAUUGAAUAAAUCUUCAGGUAGCCAAUAGAAACAAAGAUAUGGUGUGUGUGUUAGAAUAAACUUACUUGAUUGUAACAGCUGCGCUUUUUACGAAUAAUACUUUUUUAUGAAAUUAGUUGA